UGAAGGAUUCUCUGUCCAUCUUCAGGGGGGAAGAGAACUUACCGUAAGUGGCAAAAAUGCCGGUUAUAGAUGUAGAGAAUCUAACAGAUUUGGAUAAGGCUAAAAUGGAAGUAGAUCAGUUGAAAAAAGAGGUGAAACUCGAAAGGGAAAAGGUGUCUAAAUGCUGUGAAGAAGUCAUGGAAUACAUUCAGGGUGGUAUGGAUGAAGAUCCCUUGGUCAAAGGCAUCCCAGAAGAAAAGAAUCCAUUCAAGGAAAAGGGUGGAUGUGUCAUUUGCUAAUGUGGACAGAAUAACUGCCCUCUUCCUUUUACAAUUUAGACUGUGGUACUGCACAUGGACACCUGCUACUCUUUAAUCUUAGCCAGAAUCUUCUCUGCUGCCUGAAACAGAGAAAGAGACCUGAGGAUAGAUACGAAAAUUACUCUAAAUGACUUGGAUAUGGACCCUCUCCCAUUCUCUUGUGUAUUCCUCUUUGAAGUAUUGAAAUAAAACAGAAUAAUUCUGUGCAGCAAUUGUCAGUGUUGGUGCAAGGCAUGAUGGGUUGAAAAUCAAAAUGUACAGAGGCUCCUUUAGAAAUAUUUAUUAAAAAAAAAAUUAAGUCUUCA